UCGGCCCGGCCCAGCCCGGCCCUGCCGGUAACCGCCGCCGCCUCCCGCCAUGAGCGGGCUCGGGCUCCUGAGGCCGCCGCCCGCCGAGGGCGAGCCCUCCCCCGGCCGCUCCGAGUCCCCGCCGCUCUCCCCCGCGUCCCGCUGCAGCUCGCCGGGCUGUGAGGAAGAGGAGCGGGCGGCGGCCGCCCGGAGCCCGCCCGGCCAUAGGAGGGCUGAACAUUCUGAAGGAGCAGGGGGAAGAAAAGUGUCCUUUUUGAAAGAUAACCUUUCACCAUGGGAAGAAUGGUUCAUUAGCAAAGAGAAGGAGUUGCGUGCCCGCCUACAAGCUAGAGCUGCAGAGGAAAUGAAUAAAGAGCUUGAGAAAAUGAAGGAAAAUCAAGAAUAUGAAAGAAGAAAAAAGAUAGCUGAAGAGAAACACAAGGAAUGGGUCCAGAGAAAAAGAGAAGAGGAAAGAAGAGAAAGGAAACGAGAGGUGAGCAAAGAAAUGGCAGAAAAAGCCACAAGGGAACUGGAAAAAAUGCAGUUACAAGAAAAGGCUGACAUAAAGUAUAAAGAGUGGUUAAAGAAGAAGAGAGCUGAAGAGGCAGAAAAGAAGAAAAAAGAGAAGGAAAAAGAAAGAGAACGGGAGGCUGAGCUACAGGAGAAGAGAACAAGAUCAGAGAAAAUCUUUAAGGAAUGGCUGCAAAAUGCUAGGAAUAAACCACAACCUGCUUUAAAUGGUUAUGGUUUCCCACAUGGGAAGUCUACAGGGAGUGCUGAUAGAAAUUUGUAUCCAGCUCCAGCAUAUUGUAACCCCAUUCCCUGGAAACCAGUACAUGUGCCUCCCCCACAGGAAGACAGUGUUCUUACCAUGAAGAAGAAUAAGAGACCUGCAUCCUGUCAGCCACAUGCAUCUUUACCAAUGGUCAUUUCUAAGCCUAAGAUUAACCCUUGUGUUGGAUCUCUGUGCAGAAAGAAGUUAUAGUCCAUAAAGGUAAAGUUCUAUGUAGUUAAAGGUCCAAAGCAAAUUGCUUGUGCCUUUCUUUUUCCCCAUUUUUAUAAGCAGGUUUUUGUGUUUACUUCUAGUUGACCAAUCAGGCUUUUUAUGUUUUUUUCUAUAUUGCAUUUUUGUGAAAAAAAAAAAAAAAAAAAAAAAAGAAAAAAAAAAAGAAAAGAUAAAUUGUAAUGGGACUGUACCUCAAUACCAAUAAAAUGCACAAGAUUGUCUCUACCUUCCGCCUCUUGUUGUUGAAGUUCUUUUGUAUAUGUAAUUAUUCUUUUGGACAACAGUAUUGACUAGGUUAUUUUAAAGAUGCUAUUUGUAGCAUAUUUUAAAACAAUUAUUGGCUUAGUGCAGAAGGAAUUCAAGGCCAACAUCAGUUCCAGGUUAUCAUGUCACAGGGAUUACAGAGAUGCAGUGGGGUAGCUUACAUGGCUGGAGUACUGCAGCAAAUGGAUGCAGGCUCUUUAGGGAAACACAGGCUCUUUGCUGGACCUGGCAUGUACAAACCAGGGAGAACUGGUCAGGGGUGUGAAGUUUGGGGCUAGUAAUGACAUAUGUGAGUCUGUCAGAUUUGGUAGGGUGCACCUGAGAAUGCUGAGGAAGUGGAAAAUAUUGUAAGGAUACUCUCAACUAUCUUUGAGAGGUUUGGUGAUAAGGGAGGUUCCUGAGAACUAGAAUAAAGUGAACGCCCACCCAGUCUUCAGGAGGAGUGUAUAUGCAGAGCUGCAGGGCAGCAGUCAGCCUCACUCAGCCCUUUCAGAGGAUGGAUGUGGCAAGUGCAGCCUGCAGCCUCCGGGCUGCAAGAGGAGGAGCAGUGCCCAGCAAAGGAAGCAGGCUGUCCCUUGUACCAUAGCUGCUGGAGAGCACAUUUGGAGUGCUGUGCCCAUUCCUGGGCAUGCCACUAAAAGACUGACACUGAUGCUCUGGAGCAGGCUCAGUGAGGGGCCACAAGGAAGAUUAAAGGAUUGCGGCAUCUGACAGACAGAGGCUGGGAGAGCUGUGCCUGCUCAGCAUGAGGGGGAGAAAGUUCAGUCAUGUCUGAGCAAUGUCUGUAAGUACCUGAUGGAUGGAGACAGAGAGCAGACCCUUCCCAGAAGUGCCCAGUGAGAGAAGAGGCAGUGAGUGCAAAUCAAAACACA